AAUCUUAUCGCCCCAACACUAUACUUGCACAAACGCGCGCCGCUAAGCUAGAGAUGUGAUAGCGAACGCGAAAUAGAAACUCAGUUGAGUUAGCGUCCCACCGCGACCGGUCGUCUCUCGAAUCGACUGAUUAGUGCAACGAAGGAAGUGCCUUUAGUGGAGUGUCGAAGUGUAUUUUUGGAAGUUUUACCAAACAAGUGCCUAGUAGUGUGUAUAUUUUUAAGUGUUGACUGAAAAUAUAUCGUUUCACUAUGGAAUUAAGAAGUUUGUCCGUAUGUCUGGCGUUCCUGUUGGUCGCUGUUAUCUCACAUAGUUCAGAAGCGAGACACUCGUUGGAGCGACGAGACGCCGAUGUGGACUUUUUCCAGGAUGACCCGGGCUCCGACAACGAACAAAACGACGAAGGAGACGAUGAUGACGAACCCGUUCCGAAUGCCACCAUCCUCACCAGGCCGGAGGUUUACAAAGUGCCUAUAGGAAAAGGAGUGCGGUUGGAGUGCAAAAUCGAUAUCCCAGACACGACGGUAACCUGGAUGAGAGGGGACAUAGGCCUGGUCGUGCUUGGUACACUGAUGGCUGAUCCGACAAAGUAUCAGAAGAACAAUACCGACCUCAUCAUCAGCAACGUAACGCAAGCGGACGCUGGUGGCUACCAGUGCAAGGUUGAGCAAACGCCACCCGUUCAAAUUGAGCAUAAGAUCGAGGUGGAGCUUGAACCACAAGCUGCUAAAAUUACGAGCAUCUCGGCUUCCGACGACGGCAAACCAGCCCCAGGCGCGGAUCUUACCCUAACUUGCACCGCUACUGGGUUCCCCGCACCAAAAAUAAUUUGGUCGAAAUUGGUCAACGGGCAGAACGCAAAGAUCGGUGAAGGCGCCGUCCAUACCAUCAAGAAGGUCAGAGUAGAAGAUUCUGGAACGUACUUCUGCUACGCGAUGGGCAAAAGCAACGCUGACACCGAUACUAUUGACGUCUCUGUUAGAAGGAAACCUAAGGUGCACGUGCACCGCGCCAUUAUCAACUCAGCCAUCGGUGUCGAGGCGCUCAUGAGGUGCAACGUCCACGAACAAGAACCGGUCUCAAUCAGGUGGUUCAAGGGUGAGAAGGAGAUCCACUGGUCGCGGUACACCACGCGAGGCACCGAGUCCAACUUAACUGUUACACCGCAGUCCGACGCUGACUUUGGCACCUACACUUGCAAGGCCGAGUGUGACUUUGGCACCCACCACCGUUCCAUCGAGCUAGUCGAGACCCCUGUGGUGGAGAGCCUAGAGUCCGAUGGCAGCAAACUCUCGUGGUCGGUGCACUCGCACCUGCCCCUCACCAACAUCGAGAUACAGCUCAUUGAUACUGUCAACGUAAGCAACUCUCUCUGUAUAUUUGAGAGGCUAGAGUCCGACGGCAGCAAACUCUCGUGGUCGGUGCACUCGCACCUGCCCCUCACCAACAUCGAGAUACAGCUCAUUGAUACUGUCAACUUUGAGAGGCUAGAGUCCGACGGCAGCAAACUCUCGUGGUCGGUGCACUCGCACCUGCCCCUCACCAACAUCGAGAUACAGCUCAUUGAUACUUUCAACUUUGAGAGGCUAGAGUCCGACGGCAGCAAACUCUCGUGGUCGGUGCACUCGCACCUGCCCCUCACCAACAUCGAGAUACAGCUCAUUGAUACUGUCAACUUUGAGAGGCUAGAGUCCGACGGCAGCAAACUCUCGUGGUCGGUGCACUCGCACCUGCCCCUCGCCAACAUCGAGAUACAGCUCAUUGAUACUGUCAACGGCACCUUAAGGAAGUUCGACGUACCGGUGCCAGACCACAAGACACACGAGUACGACUUUACAUACGUGGUGAAUUCAGUGGAGCCUGGACACUAUGAUGCAGUAGUUAAGGUCGAAAACUCAAAGGGCAUGGGCGAGAACAGCCAAGCUGUUGAACUUAAAGAAGUGGGCCCCUCGCCCGGCGCGGCGCACGCGCACCAUCCGACGACGGCGCUCAUCUCCACCGUCCUGAUGUACCUGCUCGUACGGAUGCUGUAAACGUGUUAGCCCCUUUAGUAUUCGUGGUUCGUGGUAAACACAUUCGCACCUUCGUUCAAGCUGGGUUAGUUUUCUAGAA